UAUUUCUAUAGCUCCAAUUCACAACACGUCAUACGGCACUUUACAGUUCACCAGAUCAUCCAGUCAAAUGGAUUUUCUAUCUAAGGAAGACCAGUUGAUUGCACUGACUCAUUGACCCAAAGGCAAUCCCUCACACUAAGCAUGCUUGUAGCCACAGUGGAGAGGAAAAACUCCCUUUUAACAGGAAGAAACCUUCAGCAGAACCAGGCUCAGUGUGAGCGGCCAUCUGCUGAGGCCGACUGGGGUUCAAGGAGACAGAAGCAGAGAUACAAAAAGCAACUUUUAAAGGCGUCCCAACAGGUCUACACUGGAGUCAUGUGUGGCAUGAAAAUUGGCCAAAUUGUGUGAUUGUCUCACUUAAUGCAUGAAGCAGCCCUGUGAUGUGCGGGGUCUGCAGAGAUGGUAGGUUCUUAUCAUCAUACUAGACCUGUACCAGAAUGGAGGGUCGGUCAGACCUGAUGAUCCUCACUGCAGAGCUGAGCGUUGGUUGCAGCUUUGACCAUAGAGAUGGACAAACACAGAAUGGAUGAUGGUAGUGGAGAAGCUGAGAGGCAGCUCUGGUGGAAGGUCGGACCUCUCCUCACUUGAAGUAGUUCUGAGCCAAACACUUUGCAGCUUGGGUAACCUACCAGAUCCUGAUUCUGCCAACCACAUUCCGGAGAUAAAAAAGCAGACCUCUUUUUUAUUAAUAAUAUUUAUCUCUUAAUGCUUAGCAUACUUUUGAAUAACCAUGUCAGAAAAUCCUCCACUGGGGUUCCACAAGGCUCUCUGCUAAACCUUUUUAUUUGUGCAGUUUUUACAGUUUCCGUUUGUCUGGUCGGCCUAAAUGAAAACAUUUUCUGAUACGUUGACUGAGUGAAAUACUAGGUUUAAAAUUUCCCUUCUAGAGCAAAGCAUUACACAGUGCUAUCAAUCAUUCAACGCUAUACUGCAUGUAAAAUAAAAGUGUGAGUCUAAGCAUAAGCAACCCUUGUCGGACAGUUUAUUUACACUUUUUAAACCAUGAUUUUUGAAGCUACAAAAGUUAUACAAAAUACAAACAACAUAAAAUCAAAUUAGAAGCACAGAGAGUUUAUUCAUGCACGUUAUUUUGCUGCAGAUCAACAUACCAGAACAGAAUGAGCUGCUUCUGCAAACAAGCCGUGCACAAAAUGUGCUCUGAUUAAACCACCGGUCAGAGGGAAAUGCCAGAUCAACGGGAAAUGGAAACAUUCUGAGGCUUUAGUGAGAAAAAAAACCCCUCCUUUCUGACCAGAAGAUGCAGAGAAUCCCCUCCGAACUGAGGUCGUAUCAUACCCAUGCUUGACCUGUUCACAGCCUGGUUACGAUACAGCCUCAGCUCAGACGGAAACUGAUGAAUUGAUCUGUAAAUAAUGUAUUUGUUCUGCCUCAUCCUCCUGCAGGAGAAGCUGCCCUUAAACAAUCCCAGUUCCAAACAGCCAAAGAAUAGAGAAAAAAAUCUGAAGUAGCGUGGAGGUCCAGCAGCUUCUUCUUGAAACUGGCGCUCUGCAGUGGCUGAGACUCUUCCCUUCAUGAAGCAGGCAUGAUGCAGUGAUGAAAAGGCAGGGGAGCGGGGCCAUAAAUACCUGAGCUUCAGAGAUUUCCGUCUUUAUCCGCAUCUUCAGUUAUCCGUGUGGACGACCAGGAGCAGCAGCAGGAGGGAGUGGGAGCUGUGGAGUCAUUAUAAGUCUAAGCUCUUUAUUUGCCGGAUUGGGACAGAUUAAGGUGGAUGACCCGCUCAGGUACAUCAUAAACAUCCGGAUUAGAUCUAAAGUCACGGAAACGUAAAGGUUCUUAUAGAGAUUUUAUCUUUCAGCCACCUGCUCUUCAACAUUUUACCUUAAACCUGAAUGCAAAGCUCAGCGGCAGCCUUGAACUCAUGCAGGUUAACGUUAAAAGACUGUAAUGAGACUGGAACGGAACUUAAUAAACACAAUCUGACUAUGUUUUUUCUUAAUUUCAUAUGUAGAAAAAACAAAGCAUUUUAGCUAAAAAGCAGGUUAUAGGUUAUAUUACUAAAGAAAAACAUAUUUAAGAAAAAUACUUACCUUUCUGUUUCCCCCUGGGAUUGUUUGAAUUAAAUUAUGUAACAUGAGAAUCUUAUAUAAAAACAAUCUUAAAUAAAAUAAAUGGUCUAAAAUGUAUCCUUAUGGUGUUAAAUGAUUAAUAGAACAACCUUGUAAAAUGAAUUUAAAUUCAUUUCAGGAAUAUUUUUUUAUCCCAAAAUGGGAAAUUUCAGGGAAAAAAAACAUUUAUGGUGAAAAGAUGAUAAAAAGUGAUUUUACUUUUUGUUUAUCUGGAGGUUAGUGUGUUUGUCGGACAGGUUAAUGGUCUUAAGGAGCCGUUAAUCACUGAUCUCUGAGAAGAACAAACAUUUAUCUUCUUUUGCAAAGGUUGUCCAACAAUAGGGACAGUCAACAGAAAAACAAAAGACAGACAUUGGUGAGAUCAGCCAAUCGCUGCAUUAUAUAUGCAGAAAUCUACCUAUUUCACAUCAAUUCUUUUUGUAUAAAACUGCUUCCCUCCAGAACAAAAAAAAGACAAAUUUUCUCCCUGAUUCAACCAACAGGAAACAACUUGUCAGGAAAAUUCAUUUUCUGUUUAAACAGGGUCAGCUGUCAGUUAUUUAUUUGUGUUUCUUGUCCAUAAGGAGAUUAAAGUGUCAGAAGGAUUAAAUCCAUACGUUUGAGAAAAUCCGUGCAGAUUAUCUUUGCUUUAAGUGGUUUAUGGAUGUAUAAAAAGAGGCUGAAGGCGUUCGAUGUAUAUAAAGAGACUGAAGGAGCUCGCUGAGGUCGGAAAAGCUCAGCGUAAAGAUGAAGAAACAUUUUAACCUGUAUGAGAAUAUGACCAACAUGGACCCCUUCGAGGGUCCUCAGUAUUAUAUCGCCCCGAUGUGGGCAUUUCACGUACAGACCGCCUUCAUGAGCUUCGUUCUCUUCUGUGGCUGGCCGUUAAACACUCUGGUUCUGCUGGCUACUAUUAAGUACAAGAAGCUUAGAGCUCCUCUCAACUACAUGCUGGUCAACAUCUCCUUCGCUGCCUUCGUCUUCCUUACCUACUCAAACACUCAGGUGUGGGCCGCUGCCGUGAAGGGCUACUACUUCCUCGGUUACACCUUGUGUGCCUCAGAAGCUGCGGUCGCCGCGGGAACAGGUCUGGUGACGUCCUGGUCUCUCGCUGUGCUCUCCUUUGAGCGGUACAUUGUGAUCUGUAAACCGUUUGGAGCGUUUAAGUUUGGGAACGCUCAUGCCGGUGCCGCCGUCGCCUUCUGUUGGAUCAUGGGGUUCGGCGCUGCCUCGCCACCUCUUUUUGGGUGGAGCAGGUUUAUCCCCGAGGGGCUGAACUGUGCCUGCGGACCCGACUGGUACACCAGAAACGAGGAGUUAGGCACCACCAGCUACAUGUACUUCCUGCUUACUACCUGCUUCUGCAUCCCUCUGUCUGUCAUCAUCUUCUCCUACUCCCAGUUACUGGGAGCUCUAAGAGCUGUUGCCGCCCAGCAGGCAGAGUCGGCGUCCACCCAGAAGGCUGAGAAGGAGGUGUCCAGGAUGAUCAUCGUCAUGGUGCUCUCCUUCUGCGCCUGCUACUGCCCCUACGCCAUAACUGGUCUUGUGUACGCCAACUCUUCAGACGCAAACAGGGAUUACAGACUCGUUACCAUCCCAGCUUUCUUAACCAAGAGCUCCUGCGUCUACAACCCCCUCAUCUACAUCUACAUGAACAAGCAGUUUAAUGCCUGCAUCAUGGAGAUGGUGUUUGGAAAGAAAAUGGAAGAUGCAUCUGAAGUGUCUUCAAAGACUGAGGUGUCCACAGCAUCGUAAUGUUUGGAGCAAAACUCAUAAGGACAUUUGACUUCCCUAAAGGACUUUUAAACUUUUUGGUUCAGAGGAUCCACAGGAAAAAGCACCAUGUAAAUACAGUUUACAUAUGAAAAGACCAGAUGAAAUUUACUGUAGUAUGCAUUUGUAUAGA